AGUCCUAGCUUGACAUCCCCAUCCCUGUUGCUCACAGCUCUGCUCUGAACCAACCAGCAGAGCUGUGCUGGCACCAGCUGCAGGGGUGUUUGCACCUCCAACCUCUUUUCUCCAGCUUCCCACAACUCCUCAGCCCCCUUUUCCCCCAAACAGCCUUUGGGUGAGGAGCAGGAGACCCACACCUGCUGAGAUCCAUGUGUUUCUGGGAAAGGUGGUCCAGCCUCCUGCCUUGCAGCCAGCAGCUGUGCUGAGACAGCCCCGAGCUCGCCAUGGAGCUGCUGGAAGAACCUGGCUCAUAGAUGUUCCCAGCACCAGGGAUGGCACCCACAGAGCCUGAGGCCACCCUGGCCCUCUGGUGAGGUGCCCCCACCUCCCACCCCGAGCCCCCUGCCCAGAGCACGAUGAACAAGCUGCCCUUCCACAACAACAGAGUCAUGCAGGACCGGCGCAGCGUCUGCAUCUUCCUCCCCAACGACGACUCCCUCAACAUCAUCAUUAAUGUGAAGAUUUUGUGCCAAGAGUUACUGGUGCAGGUGUGUGACCUCCUGAGGCUGAAGGAUUGUCACCUCUUCGGGCUCAGCGUCAUCCAGAACAAUGAGCACGUGUACAUGGACCUGGCCCAGAAACUCUACAAGUACUGCCCCAAGGAGUGGAAGAAGGAGGCCAGCAAGGUCAGCAGUGAGGUCUUGCAUGGAGAGCUGCCGGCAGUAAGGCCACCUCUGUCCCCAUCACAGGGGAUCGACCAGUUUGGGCCCCCCAUGAUCAUCCACUUCCGAGUGCAGUACUACGUGGAGAACGGGCGGCUCAUCAGUGACAGGACAGCUCGUUACUACUACUACUGGCACCUGAGGAAGCAGGUGCUGCACUCCCAGUGUGUGCUGAGGGAAGAAGCUUAUUUCCUGCUCACUGCCUUCGCCCUCCAAGCCGACCUGGGAGACUUCAAGAGGAACAAGCACUAUGGGAAGUACUUCGAGCCUGAGGCUUAUUUCCCUGCCUGGGUGGUGGCCAAGAGGGGCAGGGAUUACAUCCUGAAGCACGUGCCCAACAUGCACAAGGACCAGUUUGCCCUGACAGCCUCAGAAGCCCAUCUCAAGUACAUCAAGGAGGCUGUCAGGCUGGAUGAUGUGGCUGUGCACUACUACAGGUUGUACAAGGACAAAAGGGAAGUGGAGGCCUCCCUGACUCUGGGGCUGACAACACGGGGCAUCCAGAUUUUCCAGAACCUGGAUGAGGAGAAGCAGCUGCUCUACGACUUCCCAUGGACAAAUGUGGGGAAAUUGGUUUUUGUGGGUAAGAAGUUCGAGAUCCUGCCGGACGGGCUGCCCUCGGCGCGGAAGCUCAUCUACUACACGGGCUGCCCGCUGCGCUCGCGGCACCUGCUGCAGCUGCUGAGCAGCAGCCACCGGCUCUACAUGAACCUGCAGCCCGUGCUGCGCCAGGUGCGCCGGCUGGAGGAGAGCGAGGAGAAGAAGCAGUACCGGGAAUCCUACAUCAGCGACACGCUGGAGCUGGACAUGGAGCAGCUGGAGAAGCGCUCGCGCGCCAGCGGCAGCAGCGCCGGCAGCGCCCGGCACAAGCGGCUGUCCCGCCACUCCACGGCCUCCCACAGCAGCUCCCACACCUCUGGCAUCGAGGCUGACCCCAAACCCCGCGAGGUGGGGCCCGAGGACGGGUUCUCUGGGGCCGGAGCCCACCGCAAGCUGAGGACCUGCAGCUCCAUGACCAGCCACGGCAGCUCGCACACGUCCGGCGUGGAGAGCGGCGGCAAGGAGCGGCUGGAGGAGGAUUCCCAGGAUGAUGAAAUCGAGAUGCUGGUGGAUGACCCCCGGGAGCUGGAGCAGGCGGGGGAGCUGGAGGUGAGCCCCGACAUGUGCGUCUACAUCACCGAGGACAUGCUGCUGUCCCGCAAGUUCAACGGGCACUCGGGACUGAUCGUGAAGGAGAUCAGCUCCUCCACCUCCAGCUCCUCAGAGACGGUGGUGAAGCUGCGUGGGCAGAGCACCGACUCCUUACCCCAGACAUCAUCCAGGAAAGGCAAGACGUCGACAGACCGGCACAGCCUGAGCCUGGAUGACAUCAGGCUGUACCAGAAGGACUUCCUGCAGCUGGCCAGGCUGUGCCAGGACUCGGCGCAGAGCUUCACCUUCGGCUGCGCGCACGGGCUGCAGCAGGACGGGCUCUACUGCCACGGCUGCCUGGCCCAGCAGUGCCUCACCAUGCAGGACACCUUCCCUGCCAAGAGAACCAGCAAAUACUUCUCCCUGGAUCUGACCCACGACGAGGUCCCCGAGUUCGUGGUCUGAGCCGCGGCGCUGGAGGAUGGGCCGGAUGAAAACGGGGAUUCCCCAUUCCAGAGGGGUUCGUGCCAAACACAAGUUGUCUCGUUCCUGCAGGGAGGGGCACGGCUCAGCUGAGCCCACCUGUGUUUCCUCCUGGCCUCCUUGCCCCCAGUGACUCUGGGGUGGCUGGAAAAUGCCAGACUGUCGUGUUCAAGCCAAGCCAAAGAAAUGUAAAUAACCCUAAAGGCCAGUACGGGAAGGGAGGAUUGAGCAAUAACCAGCCAGGGAUCUGCAGGCACGGUGAUGUUCCAUGGAGGAAGGCAUGGCCAGCAGCUCCUGGGGCAGAGCAUCAUCCCAGUUUUUCCAAAAAACACGUGCUGGAGGUCAGACCACAGCAGUCCCAGCCAGGUGGAUGAUGACUGGAAGCUCUCAGAGCCAUUUGCAACUUGGUUUUAUCUUUUUUUUUUUUUUUUUUUUUUGGAGAGCAAAACCCCAAAACCAAAAAGGGAACCCACCCCUCAAAAUAAAAAAAAAAAAAAAAAGCAAAGGAGGAUGGAAAAAAUAAAUCCCCUAUAAGGAUAAUGCAAUAAUGCAUCCUAAACAUUGAAUAUCUAGAGAAUACAUAUAUAAAUAUAUCAAGGUAUGUAUGUUUAUAUAUGUCUGGAUCUUAUAGACCCAUCUGCAUUUUACUCCUGCUCUGAAACACCUUUUAUACAAAGGAUCUGCCUUUCUUUCACAAACUCUAUCAACAAUCCUGAUUUUUUCUGAAGCACUAAGAUGAAAAAAAAGACUUUCCUCUCCAGGAGAAUGUGCAUCCAACCACCUUGUCAAUGUGGCUCUUCCUUCUGCAUCUCUGCUCUCUUUUCCCAAGGCUUUUCAUGCAUCUUUAGGUGUCUUACAGCUGGAAUAAUUCUGCCAGAGGAUGAUGCUGACGUGCUAGGAAAAUCCAGGAGUGGUUUCUGAGUGUGUCCCAGGGAAGCCAGACAGCCCAGGUGGAAUAUUUGCUGUCAGUACCAGAGGGUGAAGCACUGUGGAGUUAAUUAUCACAGCACAAUGCCUUUGUAGUGGAUAUUUUUAAUUAGAGUUUAGCCAUUUACAGCCAAAGUUCUGCCAUAUUUUGAUACACCACUGUUUGUUUGUUGGUUUUUUUUUGUUUUUUUUUUUUAAACUGGAAGCUUUUCUUAGAAAAACAAACCAAAAAAAAAUUGUAAUUCUUUUAUAAAUAAGCACAAUCUUAUUUUUAUAAGAAAUGUUGGGGGAGGGAGCUGAGAAAGGGGAGCUGGUACCAAAAGAAAUGGAACAUAGCUAUAGGCACAGUGCACAAAAAAAAAAAAAAAAUCUUUUGGGAUGUUGGGAUAUGGGAGAGGUGCUGUGGGCACUGCAGACAUUGAUCUGGCCCUGCCUGAGGGGUUUUUUUGAAAAUUAAGUCAAUAUCCAGUGUUGGCAGGGCAGGCUGCUGGUGCCUAAAGCCUCUCCCUGAAUCCACACAGGGCUGCUGGAGGGAUGCUGCUGGGGCUCAGGGGCCCCACCAAACACCCCCAAAACCCCUCUUUGGGCUCUGGGAUAACAUUUGUGACUCCAGCCCCCCAUGCAGGGCUGGGUUUGCAGUGUGUGCACCAGCAGUGUGAGUGUCCAUGCUGGCACAGGCAGGAAAAUCCCCCAAAUUCAUCCCCAGCCUCUUUUUCCUCCUCUGCCAGAUUCUGAGUGCUCCCCAUGGGACCUGCAGAAACACAGAGCUGGAGGGAAAAAAGGGAUAAAUUGUGUAAAGAAAUGCUUGAUACUGCUCAGAAAUGGGGAGGGAAUUAUCCCAUUAUCCUGCAGCCAGGGCUGGAUGGAGUGAUGGGGCUGGAACUGGGUGCUGGGGGCUGUGAUGGAGUUUAUCCCUACAAACAGCAGCAUGGGGGACACAGAGGUGCCAUUUAUUCCCAGUUUUUCUGCCUGCCCUUGGGGCUGUUCCCCCUGCAAUAAGGAGCUGUCUGUCUGCACAAAAUAAUCCUUUCUGUGAAAGGAUCUCCCCAUCAGGGCGAUGGGAGAGAGCCCAGUGACUGUGUUGCAAAAGGAGCAAAAAAAUAAAAUAAAAUAAAGGAAAAAAAAAAAAAAAAAAAAAAAAAGAAAACUCAAGGAAAAUGGAAUCAGGUGGAAAAUCCCCAGAGAGAAAUUCUUUUGUACCAAAAUGAAGUUUGUUGAGUGCCUUUUGCAGCAGGGCUGGAUGUGACAAUAAAGUGACAGUUGUUUGCA